AUGGCCUGCCGCGAGUUUGACAUUGACGUGCAGGUGUCGGCGGAUUAUCUGCGGUUCACAGCUCUUCCGCGUGCCUGCUGCCCCCUGCCCUUCUUCCGCGCCCGGAAGAGGAAGAGAGACGAGGCGGCGACAAGCAAUCGGCUCUCUUCCGAGACUCUGCCCACGGAGCAAGCGAGGCUUCUCCAGAGCCUCGCCAAAGAUGCCCAGCGGAGGCCGGGACAUGAACAUUGCACGGAAUGCUGCGUGAAGCGCAACCACGCAUCGCCUCCUGUGCCCGAGGAAUUGAAGAGCGGCAGGUCCGCAAAGGAGGCUCUCGCAGGUGGCUUUCUGCUGCCUGAAUCCAGUUCGUGGCUCCAGGAUGACAUCUUCAGCUCUCCUGAUGGACUCCGAAGCACCGGCCUAGUGCCGCCUGGUGGUUUUGCCGCGGCCGUGGUCGAUCCCCCGUGGCAGAGCAAGAGUCGAGGAGUCCGCUACCAGAAGUGCCAGUCGGAUGAGCUCCCACAGCUACGCUUGGGAGAGCUCUUGGCUCCCGGUGGCCUCUGUGCCUUGUGGGUGACUAACGAUCCGAAGAAGCAGGCUUUUGUGUCGGAGAAACUCUUCCCCCAGUGGGGGCUUCGCCAAGUUGCAUGCUGGAUAUGGAUCAAAGUGACCAACGAUGGCGAGCCAGUCCUCCCCUUUGGCGCAGAUCGGCCACGGCUUCCCUUUGAGAAAGUGCUCGUGGCCAGGAGGCCUUUGGAGGAAAACGAUGGCGUCGAGGAUCCCGGCGACCGGAUCUUUACGGCCGUGCCUGGGGCCCACAGCCAGAAGCCCUUCCUCGAUGAGUUCCUUCCCGCAGGGCCGAAACUCGAGGUCUUUGCCCGGAACUUGCGUCCCGGAUGGACAUCCUGGGGCCGGUAG